CCGGAAGCGCAGUCCAUGGAGAGAUGGCAGCCGGCGGCGGUCUGAGCCGCUCGGAGCGCAAGGCGGCAGAGAGGGUCCGGAGACUGCGGGAGGAGCAGCAGCGGGAACGCCUCCGUCAGGUGUCGCGCAUCCUGAGGAAGGCGGCGGCCGAGCGCAGCGCCGAGGAGGGCCGGCUACUGGCCGAGAGCGAGGACCUGGUGACUGAGCUUCAGGGCCGGAGCCGGCGGCGUGAGGGUCUCAAGCGGCGGCAGGAGGAGGUGUGCGAUGACCCGGAGGAGUUGCGGAGGAAGGUCCGGGAGCUGGCCGGCGCCGUACGGAACGCCAAAUACUUGGUGGUCUACACAGGCGCGGGGAUCAGCACGGCAGCCUCUAUCCCAGAUUACCGGGGCCCUAACGGAGUGUGGACGCUGCUGCAGAAAGGGAGAAGUGUGAGUGCUGCUGACCUGAGUGAGGCAGAGCCUACCCUCACACACAUGAGCAUCGCCCGUUUGCAUGAGCAAAAGCUGGUGCGGCAUGUGGUGUCCCAGAACUGCGACGGGCUCCACCUAAGGAGCGGGCUGCCACGCACGGCCAUCUCAGAGCUCCAUGGGAACAUGUAUAUCGAAGUCUGCACCUCCUGCAUCCCCAACAGGGAGUAUGUACGCAUGUUUGAUGUGACAGAGCGCACCGCCCUCCACCGACACCAGACAGGCCGGACCUGCCACAAGUGUGGGGCUCAGCUCCGGGACACGAUUGUGCACUUUGGGGAGAGAGGGACGUUGGGGCAGCCUCUGAACUGGGAGGCGGCAACUGAGGCUGCCAGCAAAGCAGAUACAAUCCUGUGUUUGGGAUCCAGCUUAAAGGUUCUAAAGAAGUAUCCCCGCCUCUGGUGCAUGACCAAGCCCCCCAGCCGGCGGCCCAAGCUGUACAUUGUGAACUUGCAGUGGACCCCGAAGGAUGACUGGGCUGCCCUGAAGCUUCAUGGGAAGUGUGAUGAUGUAAUGCAGCUUCUUAUGGAUGAGCUGGGCCUGCAGAUCCCCCUCUACUACAGGUGGCAGGACCCCAUCUUCUCCCUGGCGACCCCCCUGCGUGCUGGUGAAGAAAAUAGCCACAGUCGGAAGUCACUGUGCAGAAGCAGAGAGGAGGCCCCGUCUGGGGAUCGGGGUGCCCCCCUCAGUUCAGCCCCUAUCUUAGGGGGCUGGUUUGGCAGGGGCUGUGCAAAACGUGCAAAAAGGAAGAAAGCAACAUAACCUGGUGUUGAUGAAGAGCAAUUGGCACUUUGCAGGUGGUUGGAAGGAACUCUUGUUCAGGGGCCAGUGUCACUGUGAAGGCCAGGUUGCCCCCAUGGAGUCUAGUGAACUCUUGGAGGUGACACUUCACAGUGACUUUUUUAGCCAUUUGUCCUUGUGGGAAGCCCCCUUGCACUGCUGUGGUUGCCCCCAAUACGGGCUUGACCAUUGAGGACACCUCCCUCCUAACUGCCUCCAUACAAAGAGGUGGCAACAAGGCCUUUGUGUGAGCACAGCUUGGGUCUGUCCUGGGUCUGGCCAGCAGAGGAGUCCACUGCUGCUUUACCUCACUUACCAGGCUAUUCUCAGGGCCUCUCCUAUUUCUACUACUUCUUACUAAAAAGUGUUAACUUUAUAGAAACCUUUUUCUGUGUUGGGUAUGCGGCAACGGGGUGGUUCUGAGCCUUGGCUCUGAGCAGACCUUCUUAUUCUUAUUAAAUAUCUCUACACCGUCCUCGUGUCCGAAUGACUGCUGUUCUGCUCAUCGAGUGGCCAGUGCGCGGGCUCACUGAGUCUAAGACCAAGCCACGCAGGCCUUGCUUAAAACUCCCGUGGUUGGUACGGUCCCCAAG